AUGACUAAAAAUAUUAGUAAAAGUGCCAUUGACUGGGCUAAGUUUGUGAAGUUAGUGCCGCCUGAACAAAAGGUGUCUUUUUUCGCGCUUAAGGCCAAGAACGAUGGGUAUUUGCGCAGAGUGCAUGCAAAUCCUCCGACACUGCCAAAAAUCAACUGGGAUGAAUUUAAAAAAGGGAUUCCCGACGCGGCGCUGGUCGAUAAAUUCAUGUCAGAGUACAAUAGUUUAAAAGUACCGUAUCCAGCUGAUACGCUUUCAGCGGAAGUGGAUAAACAAUGGAAAGCUUUACAGCCUGAAAUAAAAAAAUAUUGUGAUGAUAUACAAGCUAUUAUUAUGAAGUCUAAGAAGGAACUCAAAAGGAUACAUGCAUUGCCGAAGUUUAACGAAAUGACAAUGGAAAUGUACUACGAUAUGUUCCCAGAUCUUGCAUUGGAUCCUGUGAAUAGGCCUACAUUUUGGCCCCACGUUCCCGACGAGCAAUUGGGAUAUAAAGAUCCUACUGCGAAGGUCGAACACUGA